UUUUGGUAAAUGAUGUAGAUGAGUGUGGACACAUUUGGGGGAAUCUCCUAGGCGUCAUUUUCUGGAUAUUCAUUUUGAAUUAGCCUGGAAUAAGAACUCCACAUAUUUAUAGCCAUAUAAGGAACAUUUAAUAUUUUAAUAAAUAUUUAUAGCAUGUAUGCAUAUAUAUUUGUUAACACUAAUAGUCAAAGCCAGACUUGAUAUUCAGUGGGAGGCACCUGAAGCCUCUGUGUCUAUUCACUCAUACUAACCCAAGAAGGUGUUCUCAACCUACCUGCAGGAGCUUAAAAACCUGGGUUGGGGGAUGGUAUGGUGGGUGAUGUCUUGGAAAGGCACCCUAAUAAAUCCAGGAGGGUGAAGAUUAAAGAAAAGAGGGUUUAGGCAGGGAGCAGCGUUGGUAAAGGCAGAUGUAAAGGCUAGGAGGAGAGCCAAGUAGAUAGCCCACCUUCCCAGGUGUGGAAGAGAAUAUUCUCGGGCUGGGAUAGGGUGGGACAGCCACAUCAAGGUGCCUGGCCCAGAAGGGAGAUCAGGGGUGGGGCUGGAAGAGUUUUGCCCACUCUACCAACCCUACCCUCACUUUACCAAAGUUCCAUGGAGAUUUGGACCUCCCCGUGGGGCAGUCUGGAGCCACAGUUCAGAGUUCAGUUCAGGAUUCAGUAGUGAUUUUCUCCGGCCCUCUCCCAGCAACUUGUAAUUAACCCAUCCCUACCACCAACAAUUACAAAAAACCUUCAGAGGACUCCCCACCACCAUCAACCAAACAGCUGCCUCCCCCUCACUCACAGCCACAAGUUCCUCUUCCUACAAAACAGCCAGUUCUCACACUAAGAAGGUCCAGGUACAAGUGGGCAAAGGUUCUCCACCAACUUUGGGAGUUUGGGGAUCUCCUACAAGAUGGUUGACCCCCAGGGCACCCAGGUUCCCUCAGCCAGUGGGGAGUAGGGGGGGGCAGGGCCCUGUGGGACUGGGCAGUGGCCCUAGUGCACCCAGGCUGGGGUAGAAGCCUGAGCACUGCAGCAGGAAAGGCAGCCAGGGUUGCAGGUGGGCACUUGGUCUCUUUGGGCCUCACCCCUGGCCCAGCUUCCCUCAUAUUCCAGCCCUCAGGGUGAGCACUAAUUUGGAAGUGAGGACCCACUUCUAUAUCCCAAAGGUAGUAAGAGAAGGUUGGGAAUCUCCUGCCUUCAGUCUCCCUCUCACAAGGGCUUUAUUUUUUUCCCUUUCCUCUCCUCAUUCCCUUAAUUGCAGAUGUUCUAAUUAAACCCUCAAAUAGUUGUUAUGCCAUUUUAAAAGGUACUUAUUCAAGUGUCAACCAGGCUGGGCUGGGAGGAGGCAACGUAGGGCGGCGAAUUAAAGGUAGAUUGACUAAUCACGGCGGCGAUCAUAAUAAUAAAAUCAGAGGGAAAAAUCACAUUAAGACUUUUCGUGGAAAGGAGGGAGCAGGCAGCCAGCGGCCGCCAGCCCUGCACUGCCGCCGACACAAAGAGUGCGGGCGAUUCCGAGAGAGAGAGACUGAUUUAUGACGUUUUACAGCCCUAUAAAAGCUGUAGCGAUGAGGCAAGCGCUCCUACCACCGCUGGCAGAUUUAGUCUAAUAAAUAAAACAUAAACAGUUAACUUUAUGUGUCACUUUUAUUGUUAUCAAGUAAAAUAUAGCCGAGCCCCGGCAAGCUAUGAUUUUAAACUAUAAUUGUUAUCAAGUACAACAAGGGGACCCGGCUCCCUCCCUGGGCUUUCCCUUCUGUUACCUUCUCCAACUCUGAGUUAUGAGAGAUCAGUUAAUUGGAAUUGGUGGCAUGACGUGGCCACCUCUAGCUCAGGGAGGGGGACUGGGAAAGCAGCCCUUCCUCACCGCCCCCCCAUGGCCCUGACACCCCCAUCAUGGUUUGCCUGUGAAUGGCUUGCAGAAGGGGGGAAGGGACAGGAAGACACUGGAGACCCCCAAGGCCUCCUCUGCCUCCCCAGCUGGGUGACCUCACCCCUCCUUUUUGGAAGGCAGCCUGGAGCUGGCCCUUGGGAGUACGUGUUUACAUGUAAACACACGUGUUACAUGGAUACAGUAUCUGGCCUUAAGCUAGCCGGCGGUACCCAGACAGGCCUUCCUCUCUGCUAGGUCCACCCUCUGUGAGAAUGGGGAAAGGUGAACUCUCAGGGUCUUGGCUAGGCAACAUCACAAGGCACUGACUAAGAGCAGAGCAGUCCUCUUUGCAGAACUCCUUAGGAGCUAAUAUGGGAGGUCCUUGUCAGAAAUCAACAGGCCAGGCAGCAUGGAAGAAUGGAAACCUGAGCCAGCAGUAGAAGAGAUUCUCUGCUUCCGGGCUGGGGCUGGAAGGGCCAGUGGGUAGAGGGGAGGGCAAGACUCCUAAACUCUGCUUUGCCAACCACUUCCUGUCUCUCUUCAGAGGGGGCUCAACCCCUAGACCUCCAGAAAUGACGUCAGAAUCAUUUGCAUCCUGCUGCCUCUACCUGCCCAGUCCAGCUGGGACCCUGCCUCUCCUGCCCCAUGGCCAGAGGGUUGGGUGAGUGUGUAGGGGACAGGGGGCUGGACUUUGGGAUCCUUGGAUGUGGGGGGGCUCUCCAGCCUCCUCGGCUCAGCCGGGGGGGGGGGCCUCACCAUCCAACCUCCACUCCAGUCCUCAUUCAACUUCCUCUUCCUGCGAAAGAGGGGCGCUGCCCGGUGACCUAUUCAGACUGAAACAGGAUCGCCAUGAAGGGAAACCGCUGGAAAAGCUCUGAAGCCAAGGCCUUCGAGGCCCACUGGAGGCCGAAGAGGAGACCCUGGGCGGGGGCUGAAGAACAGACUUCCGACAGCCCCCCAGUGCCCAGGCUUUGGAGGGGAAGCUGGGAGCUUCCCAUCUCCUUCUGCAGGGGAGGGCUGUCAGUCUGGCAGGGUGUGCACUGGGGGGCAUCUUAGCCCCUGCCAGUCAUCCCCUCAUCACCUCCCCCCAGCAGCAGCACCACCACACACACAAAAAAUUGGAUACAUUUUGAAUAAAGCGAUUCGGUUCCUUAUCCGGGGACUGGGUUGCUCCGUGUGAUUGGCCGGCGGAGUCACAUGGUGAAAGUAACUUUACAGGGUCGCUAGCUAGUAGGAGGGCUUUAUGGAGCAGAAAAACGACAAAGCGAGAAAAAUUAUUUUCCACUCCAGAAAUUAAUGAUCAUGAGCUCGUAUUUGAUGGACUCUAACUACAUCGAUCCGAAAUUUCCUCCAUGCGAAGAAUAUUCGCAAAAUAGCUACAUCCCUGAACACAGUCCGGAAUAUUACGGCCGGACCAGGGAAUCGGGAUUCCAGCAUCAUCACCAGGAGCUGUACCCACCACCGCCUCCGCGCCCUAGCUACCCUGAGCGCCAGUAUAGCUGCACCAGUCUCCAGGGGCCGGGCAAUUCGCGAGGCCACGGGCCGGCCCAGGCGGGCCACCACCACCCCGAGAAAUCGCAGCCGCUCUGCGAGCCGGCGCCUCUCUCAGGCGCCUCUGCCUCCCCGUCCCCAGCCCCGCCAGCCUGCAGCCAGCCAGCCCCAGACCAUCCCUCCAGCGCCGCCAGCAAGCAACCCAUAGUCUACCCUUGGAUGAAAAAAAUUCACGUUAGCACGGUGAACCCCAAUUAUAACGGAGGGGAGCCCAAGCGCUCGAGGACAGCCUACACCCGGCAGCAAGUCCUGGAAUUAGAGAAAGAGUUUCAUUACAACCGCUACCUGACCCGAAGGAGAAGGAUCGAGAUCGCCCACUCGCUGUGCCUCUCUGAGAGGCAGAUCAAAAUCUGGUUCCAAAACCGUCGCAUGAAAUGGAAGAAGGACCACCGACUCCCCAACACCAAAGUCAGGUCAGCGCCCCCGGCCGGCGCUGGGCCCAGCACCCUCUCGGCAGCCACCCCGGGCACUUCUGAAGACCACUCCCAGAGCGCCACACCGCCGGAGCAGCAACGGGCAGAGGACAUCACCAGGUUAUAAAACAUAACUCACACCUCUGCCCCCACCCCAUGCCCUAUCCCCCCCUCACACACAAAUUGACUCUUAUUUAUAGAAUUAAUAUAUAUAUAUUUUUUGGUUCUUUUCUCUCUUCCUCCCGCUUCCUCCCUUGUCAAUUCCAAACAGACAAAACAGAUAAACAAGCCCCCUCCCCUUCUCUCCCUUCCACUAUUAAGGACCCUUUUAAGCAUGUGAUGUUGUCUUAGCAUGGUACCUGCUGGGUUUUUUUUAAAGGCCAUUUGGGGGGGUAAUUUAUUUUUUAAGAAAAAAGCUGGAAAAAUUAUAUAUUGCAAGGUGCAAUGGUCUGGUUUGGGCAAAUUUCAGGGGAGAUGAGGAAAGAGAAAAGGAAAGGGAGAUUUUUAAGCUAAUUCUCAUCAUUCUUCUCCUCCUUACCCCCUCUUUCCAUAGGCCUUUUGCAUUGAAAAUGCACCAGGGGAGGUUAGUGAGGGGGAAGUCAUUUUAAGGAGAACAAAGCUAUGAAGUUCUUUUGUAUUAUUGUGGGGGGGUGGGAGGAGGGGGGAGCACAGCAGACAAAGCUAAAUGCAUCUGGAGAGCCUCUCAGAGCUGUUCAGUUUGAGGAGCCAAAAGAAAAUCAAAAUGAACUUUCAGUUCAGAGAGGCAGUCUAUAGGUAGAAUCUCCCCUCACCCCCCAUCAUGGUUAUUGUGUUUUUGGACUGAAUUUACUUGAUUAUUGUAAAACUUGCAAUAAAGAAUUUUAGUGUCGGUGUGAAAUGCCCCGUGAUCAAUAAUAAACCAGUGGAUGUGAAUUAGUUUUA